CAUAAGCAAUAUUAUUUUUCUUCCAAUAUAGAAAUCUUGUAAUCUGUAAUUAAUAUUCAACCUAAUAUUAAUUAUGCUUCAAAAAUUCGUCAAAAAACCUUGAUUGACACAUCUCUAGAUCGAUUACACAAUUAUUCACGUAAUCAAUUUUAGGAAUAGCAACCAAUUAAUGAAUGUGCGUAGAGAUAUGUUUAAUGUUUGAACAAGAGCCGCGAUUUGAUUAAAGAGCCCCGAAAGCGCGACGGGGAAGCGAACCGGGAUUAUUUUCACGAACGAGGAUGUAGACUUUUCGAUCAAUUUUCGCACAUCGAGACAGCCGGCGAUUCCAGCAAUUGUUUGCUGACAAUCGAGAAAUGAUCACGAAACGAUCCUCCGAGCUCGCGACGAUCGUACGGCGUCAUCAGUCGGAGAACGUCGGCAAGUGAAGUGUAUCAAUUUCGAGGGGGUGGCGGAUCCCCGGCGAGGGGAUUUAUCUUGAAAAAUAGGCGGCACGGUCCUGCUUGAGAUGGACUCGGUGGCGGUGACGGUGCCGCUUCGUCAACCGACGAAGAAGAUGAAGAAGCGGAAGGAGCUCGACGCCCUGGCGCCGGCGCACGCUAUCUCUCGCCGGAGUUCCGGAAAACGCAGCUCGCAGGAAUUGUUGACGGACAGCAGUGACGAUCGUUCGGAAUACUGGAACGUUUCCACCAGAAAUGGGCGCAAGUGCAGGGGCAGGAGGGGUCGCGCUUGUCCCGGAUUCUUUAAGGCCUGCAACGCCUUUUUGGCGUGUGCCUCCGUAUUAGCUACCGCCAGUCUGGUAUGGUUGUUCACCGAUGUUCGUCAACAGCUUGCCGCUCUGCGAACUGAAAUAGACCAAGUGAUAGCAGGCAGCGAGGGUGUCCCGGACGCUCUGCAAAAAUGUCACUCAUUGUCGAGAGAUCUCCAGAACAACCAAACAAUAAUUUUCACCAGACUGUCCGAUCUCAAGCAGCAGAUAAACAAUUUUACGCUGGCGCAUAUUCAGCAGGACCUACACAAAGUACAGGAGUACUUUCAAGCCGCGCCAGAGAUGGCCAAUUUGCCGAAACGGCUGGAUGAACUAUCAACCAGUGUUGCGACAUUUGGCAGUCAAAUAAGGGACCUCGGGGCUACAGUGAACACGCUGAAAGAAACGAAUAUGAAGGUACAGGAUGCGCAGACCAUCAUGCAACAAAACAUCAGCAGUAUUAAGCACACUGUGUUAGAAUUGUCGAAUAUCACUCAAAAGCCUCAGAUACUAAGUACCGACGAAACGCAAGUUAAGACUGACAAACUAAACCUCACAAUAUUGCAUUUAAUGAAUAAUUUAACGCACGUUAAUGAGACCUUGUCGAGCAAAUUGCAAUGGGUCGCCGAUGAUCAGAACAAGGAUCGCAAAAAGUUGGUUUCGCUUCAAGAAGCAACGACGGCCAUUAACACGACAAUGAUGUCCUUACAAGGGGAGUGUGUUAAGAUGACCGAGCAAACUUCCGUUCUGGCAUCGAUCCAGCAAUUAACGGAGAAGAUGAACGAGAUACGCGCAACGGAUGUAGAACUAAUUGGCAAGCUGAAGCAAUUGGAACAAUCAUACAACGGACUCAAAAACUCUACCAACAUAAUGUUUGCGACUGUAUCUGAUAUACAGAAUCAGCGGCAGGUCAUCAAGUUGUCGGAAUCGUUAAACGGCGAUAUGACAACGGAGACGAAUCGCCGUGCGACAGAUGUAAGUGAUAUUACUCAGAGAAGGAACAACAGAAUGUGGCGCAAUGCCGACGAAGAGUGAAACGUGAAGGAAACUCACGUUUGAGAAGAGACACACGGCUGGAAGUCGCAAUCUGAGAAGUUGUGUAUUUGUAAAUACUAACAAAUUAAGCACACAUUACGCAUGUACAUAGCAAGAUACUAUUUAUGAUGUCGCGUUUUCGCGGUGGAGCGAUAAUCUACCGCGCGGUUGUUGAGAAAAGAGACUAUCGUGAGCGUGCCGUGGCCUGAAAGAAGCUACUUACGCCGAGCAAUAACUUAAACACUUAAAGCGUAUAAACAUUUAUUGUUAGAACAUUCUGUAUUCUGACCUAGAUUAGACACGUCAAUUCCUAAUAACACUAAACGUAGCGAGAAGAAUAUUUCGGGAAUACUAUAUAGAAAGUACAAAGUCAACAGCCGUCUCGAAACGCAUUCUCGGUUGUACAAUGUCUAGGAAAACGUUUAUAUUUAAGUAACGGCAGCGUAUACCGAAAGUUUUUCUACUCUUCUACAUUUUUGUAGCGUUAAUACGCUAUACUGUACAUUUCUCCGAGUUUUCUGAAACGUGAAACAAUAGAGUUCUCCACAAGGAAAACCACAUAUAUAAAUACCGAUUCAGGACAUGUAAAUACAACACAAUAUUGUUUAACGAAUAACAGUGUGAUAAAAUGAUAAAUAGAUAAGAAUUGCACAUACUAAAAAAUGUAAAUCGAUUUGGUUGGUACAAUUGACGGCAUUGGCGAUAUACGUUUCCAACUUUCAGUUUAGCAACACGUGCACCAGCGUACAGUUGAAUGUACAAUUAAAUGUGAUGGUUAUAAAGAAGUUAUAGUAUUUCUCUGUAAGAAAUAACUUUCACCGUUGCAGAUAGUACUGUAGUAGCUUGAUCAAAUUUUUUUAACAAAGAAUGAGCGUUAUUUUUGUAUGCAUCGAGGGUGGCGUUUGCGAAAAGGAACGCGUUGCGAAAUAGUUGAGCUUUCCGAAGAUUUGCGGUACGCGCGAAUGAAUUGUUUUUCCAUCGAAUCCUUACAUAACAAUCACAGCGAAUGUACACGAGAAUUAAGCGAUAUUCGCAUAUAAUUAUUUGUACAGCCAUACGGCGAAACCUAGACAUUCUAGACGAAUGCGUCCUGCUCUUGUCAUGACGCAGUGUGCGAGAAAUCGUAGAGUAAAAAAUUUUUUGAAAUAUACAGUUUUGGCUUUGCGCAUUCGUGAAUUUAGGAAGAUAAUUACAUGCGAAUAUGCGAUAUAAAUCAGCUAAAAUACCGAAGUGAAUUAAUAAAAAAAAAAAAAAUGAAGG